AUGGUUGCUCACAUUUACAAAUGUCAGAGGAAAAAAAUCCAACUCAAACCUUCCAAGAACAGGCUUGUCUUUAUUCAAACCAGUUCACCCAGUUUGCAGGCUUUUUUUGAAACCUAUGGCACACAGCACAGAGCAAGCUUUCUGGCUUUCCAGGUAGCGCUAAGAAGCAAACGUUAAACUUCAGGCGCUCGUUUACUUGAGCACAGGACGAGGAAGUUGCCCUCAAGCAACUGACUGUCAUUGCAAUUCAGGGUUCAAUGUCAACCAGAACCUUCCAGGAACUGGCUGCCGGGCCAAGACAAGUAAUCACUGGGUGGUCAUCGCCGCCCGCAGACUUCUAACCAGGUCCAGGUCUCAGGGGGAGGGAAGGAGUCAGGGCCCUGUCUGGAGGCGGGAACCCAGUUGGGAGGAAGAGUACGGUCGCAGGCUCUGCUCCUGGGUCUGUUGAAUGUGUUACCCUACCCAAGUCACUUCACUUCUUUUCUCAUUUGCAGACUGGACGGGUUGGAUGGAAGUUGGUCUUUGCCAGCUCUGACAUCCUGUAAGUUUGGAGUCUUGCUGGGAAUCCAGGGCGGGGCUCACGCGGAAGAUCUCGGAACGGGACCCCACCGCAGGAUCUGUUCCCCUCAGGCUCAGCACCCCAAUCUGACGCCGUCAUAGUAGAGGCAGGGUCCCCUAUUUCUCCAGCAGCACCUCCACUCGGCCGUUUCCUCCUACGUCUCCUUCCUCUUCCUCCACUGCAGGCAAAGCCUCCACACCUCCCUCUUUCCCUUCCUCCUUUGCAGGCUCCCGCAUUCCCGCGUCUCCCCGGCUUCCUCCCAGGAAAUGCAAUGCCCUCCUGGCGCCCACCUUUUGACCAAGCCGCCGCGAGCUGCGUGCCCCCUCCCCCGCCGGGCGAGGUCCGCCCGGCGGCCCCGCGGGCACACGCCUUCCAUACCUUACAUGGACAAAUGUAUGCAGGCAAAGUCAGGAAUUCAGGCCCCUGACGUCAGCCUCCAGCGCUCAGGGCACCGCACGGGAGACCGAGGGGAGGGGGUGGGGACGGUGGGGAGGAAGGAGGGGGAAAGGCACCAACCAGCAGCCGCUCCAGCCCGGCCGAAGUUUCACUUUUUGUCUGUGGGUUCGCUCCCGGGCCCCGCGCGAGCUUUCCCGGGACAAGUAGCUUUAGCGAGCGGGGGAGAGCCGGGCGCUGCAAGGUAAGGGUUGGUGCGCGGCCCCAAGACCGGGCGCCGGGCGCGGGCGGCGCGCUCUGCCCGGCCAGUGCGGGGCGCGGGGCAGGGCCUGUCCGGGCCGGGGACAAUGGGAGGGGGAGUGCCCCGGCACCUCCUCCUCUGCCUCUGCCUCCGCCUCCAGCCGCCGCCGCCGCCGCCGCUGCCCCGGCCGCCUCCUCCCCGAGGUGAGAAAUUUGAGACUCAGAGACAGAAGACGGGUUCUGGUCACCUGAUCCCAGCGCUCGGCUAUUUUGAUUAUUCCACUGAGCACUCAUCCGAAGGAAGACAUUUUUCCUCAAUUACACCAGCAUUGCAGUUGGCUAAACUGUGUGGCCAUUGACCUUUCCAAGAGCAGCUGCCUGAGAUUCCAACAAUGUCUCACCCAUCUUGGCUGCCACCCAAAAGCACGAGUGAGCCCCUCGGCCACGUGCCGGCACGGAUGGAGACAACCCAUUCCUUUGGGACUCCCAGCAUUUCAGUGUCUACGCAACAGCCACCCAAGAAGUUUGCACCAGUGGUUGCUCCAAAACCCAAAUACAACCCAUACAAGCAACCUGGAGGAGAGGGUGAUGCUCUUCCACCCCCACCUCCACCUCUAGAUGACCCCGGGGCCCUUCCUCCAGGCUCGGGAAACUUCCCUCCUCCACCACCUCUUGAUGAAGGCAGUUUCAAAGUGCAGCAGGGAAAUCCCGGCGGUAAGACCCUGGAGGAGAGACGCUCCAGCCUGGAUGCGGAGAUCGAUUCCCUGACCAGUAUUUUGGCUGAUCUUGAGUGCAGCUCCCCCUAUAAGCCUCGGCCCCCACAGGGCUCUACUACUUCAACAGCCUCUCCUCCAGUUUCUACUCCAGUCACAGGACACAAGAGAAUGGUCAUUCCAAACCAGCCACCUCUAACAGCAACCAAAAAGUCUACAUUAAAACCACAGCCUGCACCCCAGGCUGGACCCAUACCCGUGGCUCCAAUUGGAACCCUCAAACCCCAGCCUCAGCCAGUGCCAGCCCCCUACACCACGGCGUCCACCUCUUCGAGGCCUACCUUCAAUGUGCAAGUGAAGUCAGCCCAGCCCAGCCCUCACUAUAUCGCUGGCCCUUCAUCGGGACAAAUGUACGGCCCAGGGCCCCAGGGCUAUAACACUCAGGCAGCUCCUGUGUCUGGGCAGUGUCCUCCUUUUUCAACCCGGGGAGGCCCAGAUUAUGCAUAUAUUCCACCACCAGGACUUCAGCCUGAGCCUGGGUAUGGGUACGCUCCCAACCAAGGACGCCAUUAUGAAGCCUAUUAUGCAGCAGGGCCUGGCUACGGGGGCAGAAAUGAUGCUGAUCCUACCUAUGGUCAACAAGGUCAUCCAAAUACCUGGAAGCGGGAACCAGGGUACGCUCCUCCUGGAGCAGGGAACCAGAACCUUGCUGCAAUGUAUCCCGCCACUGGUCCCAAGAAGACCUAUAUCAUGGAUCCUGCUCCAGCCCCUUGUGCCCCACCACUUCAGCCAAAGGGUGGACACCCAGGGUCAAUGGGGCCUAUGUCUAGUCCCCCUUCAUUCCGCCCAGAAGAUGAGCUUGAGCACCUGACCAAAAAGAUGCUGUAUGACAUGGAAAAUCCUCCUGCUGAUGAAUACUUUGGCCGCUGUGCUCGCUGUGGAGAAAACGUGGUUGGGGAAGGUACAGGAUGCACUGCCAUGGAUCAGGUCUUCCACGUGGACUGUUUUACCUGCAUCAUCUGCAACAACAAGCUCCGGGGGCAGCCCUUCUAUGCCGUGGAAAAGAAAGCCUACUGUGAGCCCUGCUACAUUAAUACUCUGGAGCAGUGCAACGUGUGCUCCAAGCCCAUCAUGGAGCGGAUUCUCCGAGCCACUGGGAAGGCUUAUCACCCGCACUGCUUCACCUGUGUGAUGUGUCACCGCAGCCUGGAUGGGAUCCCGUUCACUGUGGAUGCUGGCGGGCUCAUUCACUGCAUCGAGGACUUCCACAAGAAAUUCGCCCCUCGAUGUUCUGUGUGCAAGGAGCCCAUCAUGCCGGCCCCAGGCCAGGAGGAGACCGUCCGUAUUGUGGCCCUGGAUCGUGAUUUCCAUGUUCAUUGCUACCGCUGUGAGGACUGUGGAGGGCUCCUUUCUGAAGGCGAUAACCAAGGCUGCUACCCCUUGGAUGGGCACAUUCUUUGCAAGACCUGCAAUUCCGCCCGCAUCAGGGUGUUGACGGCCAAGGCGAGCACUGACCUUUAGAUUUAGUUGCCUGUUCAGCUAGUUACCGGAUGGUGCUGAGAAGGAUGAAACGCGAGAAAAAGCUAAGAAAAGAAAUAGGAAAAUAGAGGAAAGACAAUCAAACUGUGGGCUGGUCUCUGUUCUUCAUCUGCUAUUCACCUUUCAUUAGAAACACAUAAAUUAUGAGAUGUUUUGUAAGUUCUUACCAAAUACACAUUUCACAUUGAAUCCGGUAGGACCUUGAUGGGCCUUUGUUCCCAAGGACUUCCACAUUUUUGCACAGAUUAUGCUCCAUCCCAUUCACUUCUGCAUUCCUGUAACUUUUAAUCCCUAUGUUUGUCUCACUUUUCAUCUGGUUGAAUGGCUUUUUUUAGUGUGGUAUUUGCUGUCACACAGUUUUUCCUGGGUGAGUCUGCCAGCUCACAGGUGCUUUUAGGCUUGAUGUCUCCAUCCUAUCAUUUCCACAUUGCCUGUGAUUAUAAAGGGUAGCCAUUCUUUUGCUAUGUACCAAAAGGUGUAUUUUUCUAUUGCUCUAUGCCACUCAUGUCCCUUGUGGGAGAAAUGCACAUUUUUUUUUUCUGUUAGGCCAUAAAAAAAUGUAAGUUGUAAAUUACAUAAAGGUAGAACAAGCCAAAUUUAACAUGUAAUCAUCCAAAUUCAGAAUCUGUAGUAACCGUUCAUCAGGAAUCAUUUGAAAACAGUUGGCUCCUGGCUAAUAAGUAUCACAGGAAAGAACACCAAGCUUCAAUCUUUUCCUAAAGAAAUUAAAAGUGAAAAAAAGCGUUUGGGGGAUAUGUUUACAAAGCCCAUUAUUAUCCACACUAUUACCUUAAGAUUUUCCUUUUCCACAAUACCUUGACAUAAUAAUACAGACAAACUUGAUUUCAUCUAGAAUACAGUAUAACAUUUCUAAGACAGUCCCACUUUUCAUCUUAGAAAUCAUUGUCGUGUUUUUUUCUAAUAGCCAAUACAACUAUCAAAAUUAACUUGAUUCUCUAGAGGAUGGUAGCUGUUAAAAAAACAGUUCAAAUUUUAUUCUUUUCUUUUCUUUUUCUCAGGCCCAAGUCCUUUCUGCCUGACAAAUGCAAAUCAGGACAUAUACAAUAAAAUACUGCAGUUUUGUUUAGUUUACUUUUAAAAGAGGAGAAAGCUUGAAAAGAUUGUGAAACUGCAGUUUCAUUAUUCUCAUAAUCCUUCUGCAACUCAAAUUACAUAUUGCAGGAGAUAUUUUCAUAUCAUCCUUGUGACAUUUACACCACACUUUCAAAGACAAUCACUGAAAAAAAAAACGUCUUUCUGAGCUAAAAAUAUGCAGAGUCUCUGCCUAGAAUCUUUAUUCAAAUUCUUUAUUAGCCAGUGAAACACUUGCUUGCCAACUGUGAACCAUACUUAUUAAGUUCUAACAUGUUCCAUUUAAAAAGAGACACCUAGCUUAGUAAUGGCAAGUUGCCAUUUCGUAAACUAAUUAAGUAUUUUGGAUCGAGAUUUCUCAAACCUUUCUUCAAAUCUUCCACAACUAUAUACUUUGAAAUUACGGAGGACUUUAAAUAUGCAAAAAAGUAUAAAUAAUAAUACAAUGAAUUCCUGUGUGCUUAACACUCACUUUAGGAAAUCAGAUAUAACAAAUGUCCUUCCUUCAUCCUAUGUUCCUUUUUCUUUUCCACAAAUAUCUUUUUCACGAUUAUAAAGUAAUAAUUUCUUAGUCUGAUUUUUUUUUUUAAUUUUUAACUUUAACAUCCAGAAAACAAAUGAAAAAUUAUUGGUACAUGUUUUAAAUUGCAACCCACACCUCAGGAAUUCCAAUUAAAUUUAUUUUACUUGAAUAGAAAUAAUCAUAAAAGUGAUGUUUUUAAUAAGAAAUUCUUAAAGCCUAUGAUCACCCUAACUCAUCUAAAUUAAUCUGUAGAUCAUGCUUUUGUCACAGAACAGUUAUAUGUUAGAACCACCAAAGUUAUAGAUUAUAAGAGCCUCCUUUGACCACUGUUUUUUGUGGGGUUUUUUUACCUUGCUUUUCUUAUCCUUUAUCUUAUAUUUUUCAUAAUGUAUAACAUAAUAAGAUUCACUUAGGGUCAGCAUAAUACAAAGCAACUGUGUCUUUGAGUUCUUGUCGUCCAAAUUAAAGGCAGGAUCGCACUGAUGACCUCAAGGAACACUGAGCAUUACACAAUCGAGCUGAUAGUAUAAUCUGCUUGAAUGGAUUCAGCAACUCGUUUUCUAUAAACUACUUAGGAAAUAUUCUCUUUAGGCCAAAGCAAAGACUCCAGAAUAUUGAGGGAUAGAUUUUGUCUUGGAAAGUGACCAUAUUAUUAGAAAUUUUGCAAAAAGAAGAAUUUAUAAAAUAUUUAUACUAUAAAAUGCAAUAGUAUUCUACUUGCUUGUUACACUUAAUUCCUCAUGUAACUGAAUGUUUACAUGCCAAAAGAAAAAGUUAUAAGAAAAUGCUGUCACGAAUCCAUCACUGUGGCAUGGCCAGCAGAAUACUGCUUGCUUACGGUCUUUAUAGUGCAUUCUUAUCACAUAACCUCAGAGUAUCUCUACCAAAGAUAUUUAAAGUAAAUCUCUUUUUAAUAUAGACUUAAACAUUUAUAAUAAUGAAUGUGCAUACAUACAUAUGCAGAAAUAUUUAGAUUUAGAUGUUUUUCUUUUAUAUGGUAUAUUAAGGAAAGGAUCCUACCAUAUUUUAUUCUAGGAUAUCUUGACUAUAUGAUUUAUUUUGCUUUCCUGUCCUUUCUAUUAAUCAUUUGAUUGAAGCAAUGCCAAGUCACUCUUUACUGUUUUAGUGCUAUGAAAUUUUGCCUAUGACAGAGAUAUUAAGAGAAUUGUUAUCUUAAUGAUUAUAAUCCUAUUGUCUUUUGAUAUAUUGUAUUAUUAUCAUUUAAGUACAUGAAUAAUAAAAAAACAUCAUAGAGUCUAUAACAAGUUUGUAAAAAUAUACUGUUUUUAAAUAAUUGUCGAGAAUCUAAAUAUUUGGUAAUUCUGUAUAACUAGACAUGGAAAAGGAAAAAAACCCACUAGGUCAUGGGCUCUGCAGACCAUUUCAAAAUAGUAUUUCUUAAUUGUUUGGAUCCCAGAUCAUGCUGAUUCAACACAGAGCCUCAUUGGCGAGCAAAAUUGCUUUUAAAGCUCAAAACUAAGUCACAUGUCCUGGCAUACGACAUUAGUUUGUAAGGUGCUGAUUUCUCUGCAGCGCAAAGCUGUGGGUUCUUUUUCUUGUCAUUGUUGUUUCUGUAGGCAUAAUUUCUCUGAUCAAAAUUACUUUUUUAGAUAUACGCUGAUUAAUGAGGUAGACUUAUCAACACCACAGUUGUUUUCUGUGAAAGAUUCUGCACAGAUGUUCAUGGUGAGGUUUACAAGGAUAUACAACUCUAACUCCAUAUAAACAAAUGUUUUGUAUUUGGGUCCAGAGGAAUAAAGAGAGGGCUUUUUCCAUGGGGCUUUAGUAGAGAAUGAAUGGAAUACAGAAGGACUCUGAAAACACAACUUGCAAACAUUUUCCUAGUUAGUACAAAUCCUAUUAAUGUGAACCAGCCAGGAAUAACAGUGUUAUUUCUAUUUGAUAUGGUUUGGGCUUCUCCUGUCAAAUCUUCAUCAGCUGUCCCCUGAUCCCUCCAUUAUCAUGUUUUGAAGGGUGUUGGGGAAAUUAUGGCAGCUGCUAGGGAGAUCAGGGAAACACUGAUGUAACCUCCCAGCCUCUCACCAUUCCUCUUGGCUUCGAAAGGCUUUAUUUUUUCAUAUGCAUUUCUAGAAAUAUUGCUAUUCUACCUUAGUAUUUCACAUUUGUAGUUUAAACAAGCGAUUGUCCAUCUGUUGCCUGGAGCUAUAGUACAUGUGUGUUAUGAAUGAAAUAUGACAGCGUGUUCCAUACCCCUGCUUUAGCCAUCUGUAGGAAACCAGCAAACUGAAAAAGAUACACCUCUGCAAAAUGUGCCUCCAGUCCAUUUCCUGAGAUCGCUCUUUACACGCUCGCUCAGGGCAGACAGCGGAGAGUGGCGUAUUAUUUGUGCCUUAUUUUCAAAUAAUCUAUUUAUGCUACAUGACUAUUGUACUGAAGUGUCAAUAACGUAAGUAAUAACCCCCAAUCUCAAAGAUAUUCUCAUCAAGAAGUUAAACAAAACCCAGAGAAAUCUGAACUCUUCAUCUUAAUGUAUUCCAAAGAUCAUUUCCUUUUCUUUUCUCCUCGUCUUGAGAGUAUCUCAUAGGUCCCUAAAUUAGUAAAGCAUCCUUAUGCCAGAAGGUGAUUUUGCGAGUGUUUACGAUUUGAUCUUGGUCUGGUUUUAGUCAGAUAGUGAAGACAGAGCCUUUUCCAUCCAGCAUAUCUAUGUUUGUAAUUGCCUUGGUUUUGUUUGCUUGUUUAACAGUCGACAAAACAAGUUGGAAAUUCUGGUUCUAAGGGAGGCUUUAAUAUGGUGCAGCCAACCAUUUCAGGUCAAGUUAUUUACCUGACAGGUAACUAGGAUGAAACUUUGGUCAUGUAGAAAGUUUAUCUGACUCCAGCUGUUCGGGACUUGGUGAGGAUUCUUCCUUUCUCCUUCUGUCCCUUUCUUUCUCCCUGCUUUUUCCCUUCUUCCCUCCUUCCUUCCUUCCUUUCUUACUACCUUCUCUGCAUUCCUCACUUCCUUUAUUUUUUCUCUUCAUCCUAUGAAUGCCGCGGUGUUUAGACUUUUCGUAAAUUAAACAGACACAUAAUGAUCCUCAUGGAAUUGCUGUUGUACCAAAGGGGGGGCUACCAGAAAACAUCCUUAAAAUCUUUCUUUGAAAAGGCAUAUGUUUCAGGUUGUGUUUAUUCAUAAAGUGUAAUGAGAUCAUAGAGUCUUUCCUUCAGUUUUAUUUGAAUGAAUUCUCAUUGGGACUCAGGUCAGAUUUUUUGGCAAAUUCAGUCGUGACUGAUCUAGUUUUCUUAGCUAUGUGCAAAGUGAUUUUUCUAAGACUAGGUUAAGAUUUUUUGUUAAAUAAAUCAAAGAAUUUUGACCACAAAACAACUAUAUUUUUAAUUCUGGCAUGGUAUUUUAUUAGAACCUGAUAAUUUUUUUAUGAUAAGGAAAAAGUACUAUUUUUCUAGAAUGUUAACACAAAUCAGCACUCAGGCCAUGAUAAUAGUAUUAAAUCCUAAUAGUUGAAUCACGGUAUUUUUCAGUGGAUGGAUCAGCACUAGAGUUUUUCUUGCAGCACAGAUUGCAGGCAUAUUUUCCCUUCAAUGCAGAAAAGAAAGGCACUAAUUCCUUUCUCUAUUUUACUUUCCAAGCCCCUGUGCAAAAAGUUGUAGAGUCUAAUUUAGUUAUAACAUGUAUGUGCCUCAUUUUGUGGAGAGCUGCAUAAAAGAUGAAUUUUUAUUUAACUGCUUGACCUUUCCCCCUUGAAGUUAACAAAAAAAAAAAAUCACUGAAAUUUUUGCUGUUUAUUUCCGAUUAUUAUUACAGCAGUCUCUAACCAUGCUAAUAAAUAUCUUUAUUUUUAGCCUUUGUUAAAAAAAAAUCCAUAAUAUUUUGAAAUUUUAAAAAUAAAAAUUAACAUUUUACAGACAUAUAUAGGGAUAGGAAUUCCUCUAGUUCCUUUGUAGUAUUUCAAGGUGCUUGCAUUAAGCCUGCCCUGCCAUAUGUCUUUAUUAAUUUUUCCAAGAUACUCAUCCGCUUUGGGGCAAAAGAAGGCCUUAUUUACCUAACUUCAGGAGACAUUUACCUAAUAUACCCAAGUAGAAACUUUAUUAAAUAGUCAGAAGCGAAUGCAGUCAACUAAGCAUUUAAUUCACCUUCUAAAUUCAGUUCUGAACCCUGGGAAUAGAAUGUUCUACUAAGAAUGAGUCAAGUGACGUCAUGCCAUAUUGUCUUCUACACCAAUGUCAAGAGUUACAGUUGACCCCAAAUACUAGUACCGUUCCUAGAUGAAUACAGAAUCAUGGGCCUUUCAAAGAUCUGAAUCAACUCUGUUAUUCUCUUCAUGACAAAUUAGCAUCCCAAAUCUUCACAGUUUUGGCCCGUGUACAGAACUGCUCCCAGCAACCCCUUCUAGCUCUAUAGGUACAUAAAACAGGUAUACCAUCUAAAUCUUUGCCCCUUUAAGUUCGGUAUCACCACCUCUUUCGACUGUUUUUAAUCUAUUGACACAGAGUUCAAGUGCCAUCAUUUUUUUGCUUCUUUGUUGAACAGUGGACACCAAAAAAUAAUAUCUAAUUUUCAAUCUACUCAAUGAAACUUAGCAACUGCCUUUGGUCGGGCAUGGUGAAAACUCCAUCUUUAGGGGUGAAAGUAAAUGCAAUUGAAAUCACCUAAAGGAAAUUUCCCCUGAGGACUCAGACCCAGAAGAGUGGCAGGAAAGCUGGAUAAGAACAGAUCUCCCAAGAGUGCAGAUAGUCCUCUUUACUUUGUGUCCUGUACUGUUUCUGAUGUUUCCAAAAUCAAAGUCAUAUCUAAAACAGGAUAUGAGCUAAUGCAUCUGUCAUCCAUGAGAUUCCCACUUCUUGGUCAAUUCAUGGUUGAUUUAGCCCUUUCUCUUUAACCUUGUUUUCUCAAGAAUAAGAACUUUUUUGGUCCAUAUUUCCAGACUGAAUUUGGGAAGGGAAUUCUGGACAUUUUCCAGGUUGAUUUAGGAUUCACUUCCAUUCAUUCUGUGCUCAAAUGUUUGUGCCUAGAGAUGUUGCAAUCUAGCAGGGGUGUCCAACCUUUUGGACUUGCCACGCUGGGAGGAGAAGAGUUGUCUUGGGCCACAAAUUAAAUACACAAACACUAAUGAAAGCUGAUAAGUAAAAAAAGGGCGGGGGGGGGGGUCCAUGCAUGGUUGCUGCAGGUUGGACACCCCUGCUAGACCAAGUAAACAGAUUACUUCUGUGAUCAGUUAGCACCGUUAGGCACUAUCCUUAGGAGUCCCAUUUUUUCCCCCUUUUUUUACUCCCCAAAUCUUGCAGUUAAUCCCUGUGAGAGAAUCAAUGCCUACCUAACUAAUUCAGGACAACUAUAAUAAGAUCAAACAGGUUCAGUCUGCCCUUAUGCUCUGGGAAGAAAUAUUACAUCAAGAAGAGUAACUCUGCAGUAAGGCCUCACGGAGGGUAUGAAAUCUGACAAGAAAUCUUGAGCUGAUUUGCCGACUUUAUUUGGAAGUUAAGGAAAGAAUUUUUAAGGCAUAACAGGAAAACACAGGCUAUAUUCAGAGAAGACACUCAGUGUUGGUCAAAGUAUUAUAGAUUCUGGAAAUUCCUCCUUAGCAGGAGAAAUGGCUUCCAAAUAUUUAGGAAAAGGAAAGGCUAUGGCAAGGAAAAGGCAUAGAAGGAAGCUAAUUGAGUUGUUACUUGGCUUCUCCAUGUCAUUAUAAUCACAUUUGUUCCAUGCUCCCCCUUGCUCUAGAACAGAACCAACUUCUGGGGCUUAUGUUCUCCUUGGGGCCACAAAAAACUACCUUGUAGUACAUAAUAAAAUGUUGCUACCUCCCUCAUUUUCCUUCCAUUUAUAUUUGUUUUGUCUGGGAGCAAUGCAUUAUUUUUAAAAGCAAAAACAUUGGUUUCUAACUCAAGAUUAUAAAAAUCAUUAAACAUCUCUAAAAGUAGUCUGAAGGAUUUUCUAAGGGUCAGACAUUAGAUUUUAUGAGGUUUUUUGUUGUUGGUUGUACCUUCUUGUUCAGCAGAUAAUUUGUUCUGACAGUUGUUAUGUAGUUCCAUGCCUUCCCUCAUGAACCAUACUCUCCAUUUAUCUGAUCUGCUGAUAAUGACCUUAAAAAUGUUGAGAAAUGUCAGCGUGUAAUUUCCAGCUCUAACAAGGAGAAAGUCAAAAGUAAAAGAUGAUGGUACUAUAAAAACUCACUACUUCUGGUCAGUGCUUAUAUCCUAAGGAUGUCAUUCUUGAAGGACAGGGUUAUAUUGUGCUAUAGGUUUAUGUAGAAAUGUAUAAAUUCUUUCAUUGUUGCCCUGGACUACUAACUACUGAGUUUAAAUCAUCUUCCUUAGUUUGGGGGAAGACGGUGAUCGUGACUUCUUCUACCCCAGCUUUGAAUUAGAGAGCCAUAUAGGUGGAACCUGCCCUCUGUCUCCUGGGCAGGACCUGGAGGAGGCUUUCUGAGCUCUAAAUAAUAAUUCCUAAGAGCACUUGCAAACUGCUUUCACACGUAAAGGCCCUGAGAGGAAGGUUAUUAAUAGCCCCAUCCUAGAAGAGGAAGCUGAGGCUCAGAAUCCUUAAGUGACUUGCCAAAAGCAAUACAGCUGGUAAGUGGCAGAUUUGGGGAUGUAACCAGGUCGUGUAAGUCCAGUGCUCUCUCCAGGUGGCCAGUCUUGGGGCUGAAAAUACCUCUGAGGACAAAUCAUAAUUCUCAGAGACUACUGCUCCCACCCCUGUUAAAAGUCAUCCAGGAAAAUUCACAAAGACCAUUGGCUAAAUGGCAAAUGCACUUCUACACUGUGGUAUCUGAGAUCUUGGAGGGCUUGCGUGCAUCUUCUUUGUCAUCCUGAGGGGACCACUAGGUGUUCCCCUCACUGGGAUGGGUGACAGUGGGGGAAAGGCUACCGAGGGGAGCAAACAACUGGCACUAACUGGCACUGCGCCCCACACUACAGCCAGUUCCCCUGGAGACACCUGGUUUCCACCUCUGUGGAACUAUCAGGUUCCAAAUAUCAAACGGUGCCAUAUCAUUUAGAAUUCAUUGGCAGGCUAAGGUGACUUGAUCUUAAGAUACACCUGUCUCCUGUGGGCCACCAGGUCUGUAGCACAGAGGCAGAAACUACGGAAGAUGAACAACGCUUGGGAGUCUUUCCCUCCGUUCCCGUUUGCAGAAAGCACACCCAGCCUAUGUUGCUGUAACUGGCAUCUCUGAUCCAGCCAGCUCCUGACCUAGAAAUGUCUGUGAGCAAAUGCUGUGGGGCUGAUGGGGCUUCUGAGAUUGGGUCUCUGCCAGCUGAUCGCCAGGCUCCCAGCCUGCUUUACUUCUGUGAUUCGUGUAUCCUCAUUAAAAGAAAUUUGGUACUAUGUUGUCUCCAGAAGACCUCUGCCUCCACGUAUAUCCUAGAACAGUGCUUUUCAACCUUUUUUUAACCUUAUGGCACACUUGAACCUAUAGUUAAACUCCCACAGCACACUUGAAUUAUGUUGAUCCAAAAGAAAAACAUAUACUUACUGUGCUUGGAACUUCUUUUGAAAAUAAUUAAUGAUCUCUAAAAUUUCUCAUGUCACACCUAGAAUCCUCUCACGGCACACAGGUUGAAGAUCACUGUUCUAGAAGCUGCUCUGCACGGUAGUUUGACAGCUGGGUGUCCCCCCUCAGGAAGUUAUACCUUUGUGGGGGGGUGCUCUUCACUUUUUAUUCCCUCUCAAUUUUCUCUUCUAGUUGUUUGCUUUGAGUUAAAAAUCUGAGUGAUUAAAAAAAAAAAAAUUCUUACUCAACAUUAAAUCUCUUGCAUUAAAUCUGUGAAGCCUUUAAAAUGACCCUACCUAGUAGUUUUCUAGGCAUUCCCCUCUCUAAGUUAUACGCAGAUCAUCCAUCAAGCCAGUAUCAUCUUUCAACUGCUUAUUCCCUGGGAACCAAGUGAUGUAAUGAAUGGCUUCUCACCCCUACGUGUGAGGGGCUCUGUACACCUGACAGAUGCCGGAGACACCAGCAGGAACAAUGGAGGGGUGGCCUUGUUUGAGGUGACACAUUCAAAGUCUAGGAAGGUGCUUAUCUUCCUGGGAAGUCUGACGAAUGUUACGGCCAGCGGAGUGGAAAAUGAUGCUGUAGAAUAGACAGAGUACCCUCACCCCAGGGAUGGGUUAAUGUAGGAAACAUUUUGAGCACUUCUCAGAAUUAUCUCGUUGAGUACACCUUAGCAGAGACUCACUUGAGUGGAACCUGUGAGGUCUUGUUAGAGGGAAUAAAAGGGCAGUGAGAGGGUGGCUAUGGGAAAGCAGCCCUUUUUAUUCAUAAAUGCCCUUAACAUUCAAAUACCUUUAUAAAUCAGCCAUGGACAAACGAAUUCAUCUUUACAUAAUGUGUAGAACAAACAAAUAAAAAUGUCCUUUCACUCUCGGCAACCUAGUUCCUCAUAUUUAGGAGAAAUAUAAUUGUGUUGUCUUUAAAACAGACACACAGACGCCUAUCUUCUAAGAAAGCUGAUCCUUCAAAAAAUAAAUCUUAUUUUAAAACCCUGGAGGUUUUUUUUAGGUCAAGAAAUUAAUAAUUCCUAGACCUGACCCAUUUUUGGAGCUUCUGAAAAAAAGAAAAAGCUAUUUAAAUUUUGUAUGGAUCCAUUUACGUGUAUCUCUUACAAUGUGCCAAAGCAAUUUGCGGUGGGGGGGGAAACCCAGCUAUUUCUCUCUCUUGCUUGAUUCCCUCUUUGUGUUUCUAUCUGGUGGGGAAAGGGUAGAGAAUUCUUCCCGGACCAUUGUUAGUGAUUCUCGUGUGCCACUUCGCACGGUGCCCACCUUACCUCAUGCUCCUAUGAGGCGCAGGAAUGAAAGUUGCUUUCUUAACUCUCUUUCCCCCGUCAAGAGGGAGUAAAUGUUAAGUCUGAGGACCUUUCCUCACCAAAUUAUUUAACUUCUAAACUAGAUUGAGAAAUGCAAAAUGGGAAGAUCUAGCUUUUCCUAGAUUUUGUUUUCUUUCUUAGGAGACAUAUAUAAAAAUCCAGUUCCUUUUCCUCUUUCUUUCUCUUUGGGUGACAGUGAUGCUGACGUCAUUAUCAUAAACCAGACAUGGGAGAAUUUUCCAGGGCGCGAUGCAUCUGCUCAGUGUGUAUCUUCCUUCAGUCACAGACUUUGAGAGGAGAGAGGGUAUUUGGGAAGUUUGUAUUUUCCUAAUCCUCUGUGCUUUCUCCUUAGUUUUUGGAAGAAGUCAAGUGCAUCAACAUACCAGGGUUACAUUGCCACAAAUAGUUAAAGUGCCACAGACCUCCCUAACUAGGGAGCAUGUUGAAACUUGCAGGGGCCGAGCCAUUCUAACUGAGCUGAAAUCUAAACUGAGGUAUAUCUUUAAUGAAGGAGAUUUAGGACCCGGAAAGCUAAAUCUUAUCAUCAAUAUUUUACAGUGAAACAGUAGCAAAAUCAUUUUUAAAUGACUGUCUUCCUUUUACUUCUUAUUUAUCCCCUUAGGAAAACUGAUAAGCAAAUUAUUCCAGACUUAUUUCUUUUUAAAAUAAAGUCAGAGUAUUUCUCUUCUAAAAAUCUGAAUUAUGCCCUCAUUCUGUUUCAGGAUACAUAUUAAAGAGCAGACAGAAUUAAAGAUGACACUUGAUUGUGUGAUUCUUUGGCAUGAAUAAAAUUAUCUGUGGCUCAAUAUGCCUUAAGCAAAAAUUUGAACUUAGAUGAAAAACUUUUACAGCUGGAUGUAGCAUUGAACUUGUACAUUAUCUAUGCAAUGAACUACUAUUUUUGUUUUGUAUUUUAACCUACACCUUUAUCAUUGAUCUAAGAAAUUUGAGGUUUCUCUUCCUCUACUGCUAAGGGACUAUGUGCAAUUAUGAGACACACACAUAAAGGGAAAGAACCUUCUAAGUAACACAUCUGUGCUGUGAGGGAGAGGUGACGUGGAGAUGCAGAGCCUGGGGAUAGCCAUCUCUCCUCAGCCGCGCACAUGAGCUUCUAUUUCGUGGCUUUUCUCCUCCUGCGCCAUCACCUUUGAGAAAAACGAUUGCACCUUCUCGCAGUCUGCCUUUUUAACAGCUACAGUUGAGUUGGCAAGAUUUCCCCAGCUCUGAAUAUAGCCAUUUGCCUACUCUGGCCUCUUUGCGAGACUGACUCAAAUCUGUGAUCUUCUGUUCAGCAUACACAUCAGCAAAGUGAGAAGAUGAGCACUAAAUAUAGGCUCUAUUAACUUUACUUUUAGAUUUACUGCCUUCAAAAAGUGCCUAUUCUGAGCAACACAAACGUUAUUCCUACAUAUGUAUGUACACACGGUACCCAGAGUCGCACUGUGCAGCUUUCAAAAACAUACCAUCAGAAGAGUAGGUGCCACGCUUAGGGAGACCUUGCCAAACGGAAGAAAGUCACUCACUCCCAAUAUCCCCUCUGGAGUGGCUACCGUGAAACGGGCGGCACACAUUCCCUGAGCAUUGCCUUGCUGAUACAGCCACUUUAUAUUUAUAUCCUGCUGGAUGGUGGCGUAUUGCUGAGGCUGGUACUCCAUUUCAAGGGAAUAUAUGCUUUAUGGAAUUGGAACAUUUAGUCAGGGAAAAUGUUGAAGAAAUCGGUAGAGCCCUGGUCUGUAUUAGGAUGUGUGUCAUAUGUUUGUUUUAUAAACUCAGUUUUGGUGGGUUUGGCAGCGCUGGAGUGUCAGCACGUGUCAUCUCCUUUUACCUCUCAGGCUAACAUCAGAAAAUCACUAAAGAAAAGUCUUGGCUGUGAGGAUUGCAGGCUCAGGGGGGCCAAACGUCCUUGCCAGAUCCCCAGAGCAUUUUUACUUUGACUUCUAAAAAUAGCAGUGUGUGUCACUUGAUGACUUUGUUUCCAUAGUUCUGUCACUGACAGAAGAACUGUAGAUACUGUGGAUGGAUCGGCCCCAGAGCCUAGACUGCUGGAUUCUUACCGAGUGGUGGCAACAGAAGAAGGUCCAGGUCAACAGGACGAGGCAGACAGUACAUGUUUGUGGGAGAAGGGUUGAAGGGAGGACGUGCUUCCAAAAAUGAUCGUUCUCCGUGUGUCGUCUGACUCAACCAGCUGGCAGAUUACACUUGCCAAGCUGCUCCCUUUCCUUCUAAGUCAGUUGGCUCCAUACUCACUUGAAUAUGCUUCUCUUUGGGGAAAGCAAGAUACCUCCACAGAGCCCUCCUCCAAGGAAACUUUCGGUGUCCUCUUGGUCACAAUGUUGUCUCUUACCCCACCAGUUUCACCAAAUGCAAGGGGAACAAGCUGUGGAAGGUGGUUCCAUACCAUUGCAGUCAGCCACCAUUCUGUUUUUCCUAUAGGUAGCCCCACUAUACAAACUAGGGUGAGAGUAGAGCUCAUCACUGUUUCAUGAUUUCAAGCGUAUGACCACCAUGCUUUAGUCAUCGUCACUGUAUGAGACCAGUUGACUCUGGAGAGAAGGGGACACUUUUAAAAUCUGUUCUUCUUAUCAGUGUUCCUUUUCUAUCUUUACCUUAUCCAAUUUCAAUGCUAGUUAUUUUUUGUUGUUGUUGUUUGUGGGUUUUUUUUUACAUUUUAGAGAAUCAGACUGUAGUGCUAGAUAAGAGCUCAAACGUUUCCGAGGGAUGUCAUAGGGACGUAGAAAUGCGGGGACUUUUUCUCCCUGGAAAUAAAUUUACUGGGAAAGAUGCAGCAUGGCUUUGCUCUGGGUUUCAAUGUGAGGUUCAUGACCAUGAGGGAUAAUUUUAUGUAAGGGUGAAAUAGUGUUUAUAAGUAGAUAGACCAAGGACGAGAGAGAGAGAACAAGAAGAUAGGUUUUUCUUUAUGCUGAAUGUGUCUACUAGCUAAGCACAAUCAUAGCCCCACUGUGAUCAGCUGCUAGUCUGAAUAACAUUCCCUGACUUAGGGGAAAGCACACAAAAACACACAGGGAAUAGGCCUUUUUUCAUAUUAUGAUUCUGACAGAGCCAUGGUUUUCCUAAAAUAUAGGUUUCUCUUUGUUGUUUUAUUCUUAGCAAAUUGCAUUUAUACACUACAUUAUGAGCCAUCACUGACAUAUCCAAAAUAGCACACAUGGUUCAUUAUGAAAAUAAGAGAAUAAAACCUGUUAUAAACGAGUGAUUUGGGUACUUUCUUUUGUGUUUAUGCAUUAUCCAACUAUGUUAAAACAUGUUUCUGUUUACCCUCUAUCAGUUUUUCCUAUCAAUUAUGUUUUUCCAAUGCUCUAUAAGAAUAAAUAUGAAAAUUAUAUUUCUUUUUUCUGUAAAAGAACUGCAACUACUUUAUUAUAUUUAGAAAUCCAGUAAACUUCUUAUUACAUUUAA